UAUAUUGGUUGAAAGUCCCGCUCAAUUUUUUAACUUUACGCACCACACGGUCUGGAUUAAUUAUUUAGCAUCGCGCGGUUUCAUUGAUGACCCGCGAAAUUUGAAAAAUUUUAGAGCCUACGUCUAUCACGGAGCAAUCGACCAUAUCGUUCCAGCUUUCUUAUCAAGAUUCAACGUUGGUCUUUUUCGACAUUACGGUGUUCGUCACCUAAAGGACAUGGUAGCAAAAAUACCGUCGACCCAUUGUUACCCCACCUCGUCCGUCAAUGAUCACAGAAUCUGCUCUAUCAGUGUCGUCGCUGUUUGUGGGUGUGGCUAUUCCGGCGUUGAGGACAUGUUUUCUACCCUCUAUCCAGAAACGUGGGUCAAUCCAAGGCUCGAAAUUGGUCAAGAGACGAGCGGAACUUUAUUCAAGUUUGACCAGAAUGAAUUCUUCGACACGAAAAAUGCAACUUUUCACGGGUGGAAAGAGUUCGGCUACGCCUACAUCCCGUACAGAUGCAGACCCGAGAGCGGAAUUGUGUGCAAAUUACACUUUGCGUUUCAUGGCUGUGGACAGAACAUUAUUCACAUAAUUUUGAAAGUCGUUCCGAACUACAUUGCGGAAACGGGUUAUUUGGAGGCGGCGGACGCGAAUGACAUCGUCAUCAUAUUUCCCCAAGCUUUCCCUGACUUGACGGGAACCACGCUAAACAUAAUUGGUUGUUUCGAUCUGUACGGGUACACGUCCCCAUUUCGGAUAACGUACGCCACAAAGUACGGUGUACAACCCCUCGCGGUGAAAAAGAUGUAUGAGCGCAUCCUAAUGGGGACGAUUAACUGAGAAAUGUGUAGCUUAAUUAUUUAUUUGAAAAUUAAAUAUGUACAUAUAUGUAUAUGCCUGUAUUCGUCAUUUAAAUAUUUUGUUUUUA